AUGACAACACUCCGCAACGGAAACCAUCAGAAGAUCAAACCGACACUGACUGAAUUGGCCUCCGGACAUCUAGAGCGCCUCCGAAGCUGCAUAGUGAAGGCUGAAGUGCGGGAAAAGGCGGUGCAGUGCCUUGUCGACUAUCUUGGCGCUCUCAUCUCUGGGUUGGCAGCGCCAUGGAGCGCUGCACUUCUACAAUAUGCCAAAGUGGCAAGCCCUGGCAAGGGAUCAGCACAUGUCAUGGGCCUUGACAUACCUCUUGCGGCCGAGGUGGCUGCGUUCACCAACGCAGCACUUGCUCACAGUAUUAUUAGAGAUGACAUGCAUUUAUCUGCAGGGGCUCAUAUCGGUGUCAUGGUGAUACCGGCUGCGCUGGCCCUUGCUCAGCGAGACAAUUGGACUGGAGAUCAGUUGCUGAGGAGCAUAAUCGGUGGCUACGAUAUGGCCGUUGCGCUGGGCUCCUCAGUCCGACAUUCUGGCGCUUUCGGCGCUGCUGCAGUGGGUAUCAUUGCGGAUCCGACAAUUACUCAAGACGAGGGUGCUAGUGCCCUGGGGCUUGCCGCGAACACGGCUUCAGGGCUGAAUGAAUGGCCCUGGGCUGGAGGCCAAGAGAUCAACACUCACAUGGGUAUAGCUAGUCGGAGUGGUAUUUCCAGUUUCGAGUUAGCAAAGGCAGGUAUAUUGAGCAGCAAAACCGCCCUGGAGGGCAAAGAUGGCCUGUUCCAGGCAUAUAAUUGUGGGCCAAGUGCACCAGAAAGGUUCCGCAAAUUUGUGAUUGAAUCAGAACUUGGCAGCGGGAUAAUGGGUGUCAAAUUCAAACCUUUCGCGGGUUGCAACUUGAUUCAAACCCCUGUAGCCGCCGUAUUGGGACUACAUUCCAAGGUCACUGGAGCUUCGGGACACAUUGAAAAUAUCUCAAUUAUCACAACAACUGUGGCAAAGGAGUACCCAGGUUGUGACAGCUCAGGACCAUUCGACAGUGUACAGCAAACGAAGAUGAGUCUCCAGUAUGGAGUGUCAGCCGCCUUGCUGUUCGGACGCAUUGAUGAGAACGCAUACCGUCACUUCAAUAGCGCAGAUUUGGAGAGACUCAUACAACGCUGCGUCAUCUGCACCAAUAGUGAGUUCGACCAGGAGCUCAUACGAGGCAAACAGCCCUGCCAGUUGAAGAUCCGAAUGAAAGAUGGCACGAUCCACCAGGAAUCGUUGUCGGACGUGCCCUGGUUGGGACCGCAAGGGGUCGAGGAUCGAUUUCGGCAGGAAGCUUCAGCCUUGUAUGACACAGCCGACUUGGAGAGUUUGCUCCACGAGUGUAAUGAUAUAGGAGGCAGGCCAGACUGCUCGAGAAUCUUUGACCUGCUUGCGAAGAGGAGGGAUCAACAUGAUGGAAAGACAUGA